AUGUCAGGUUUGUUUACGCCGGAUAAUGCCAACAUGAGGACGCGAAUGUGGCAACAAUGGAAUGCUCGUCUCGAAUAUGCACAACGUUCUUUGGGUGAGCUCAUGGGAUACUGCGAUGUUACCUGCGAGAGAGGACAUCGUGUAGAUGGCAAUGUUUGGUAUGCUGAUCGUUACCUUUAUCCAAACCACUGGCAACCAGGCUCAAAAGUACGACCUAAACUUGUGGAUGAUGGGCAACCGCAUUCGUGGUUUAACGCCUGGUUAAAGACUACCUCUCUAUGGGUAGGUAUACUGGUGUUAUUUUUUCUGUUGCUUCUUGUUUUCAUACAAAUGCAGUGA